CAAAGAAGCACACAGUGGCACUGACACCUGCGCUUGUUCUCUCUAAUUAUCUCUGCUCUUAGUUACGCACUGUAUCGAUUUUCCCUUCAGAGGUUAUUAUAAAAUGCUUGCUGAUAAUCAUCGUCGGCUGCUAUUUUUUUUUUCUUGGCUGAUUAAAUUCAUUUUACUAGUUCUCGGUGGAAUAAGCAUUUCAACUAUGGCGCUUUAUGGAACUUCAUUAUCCUUCAAUGGACUUUCUCCUGUCAAAGAGUUUAGUAUCUUGCCGCGUUCAUUCGUCAAUAGCUUUCAGAAGCUACAUCAUGUUUCUCUGCCUUCCUUGACUCUAGAUAGGUUGGUUUUGGGAAAAAGUUUUGGAAGAGGAGACCAACCGUGUCUUUUACCUGGUCAAAUUGCCAAGUUGCAAAUGGGAAGGUUCAGGAGAGGACUGGAAGUGAAAAGUGAAGACUCAGAGGGCAUGUUGGGUGGCGAGAACAUUGCAGUAGAUGAACAAACUUUGGAGGAGGAGCUACAGAAUGCCAUAGCUGAAGAGAAUUAUGCUAAAGCAGCAGAAAUAAGGGAUACUCUGAAAAACCUUCAGAAAGAAAGCAAGACGACAGUGUUUGGAGCGAAUAGCCGGUUUUACGAGUCAUUCAGGACUGGUGACCUUGCAGCCAUGCAAGCCUUGUGGGCAAAAAAGGAUGAGGUAUGCUGUGUCCAUCCUGGUUUGAAAGGAAUAUCUGGUUAUGAUGAUAUUAUUGAGAGCUGGGAUUUUGUGUGGGCUAACUAUGAAUUUCCACUAGAAAUUAAGCUAGAAGACAUCAAAGUUCAUGCUAGAGGGGAUAUGGGGUAUGUUACUUGCAUGGAAUUUGUAAAGACAAAAGGAGGCAGAUGGGGAGGUCAAUUUGUAACAAAUGUGUUUGAGAAGAUUGAUGGACAGUGGUUAAUUUGUAUCCAUCAUGCUUCCCCAGUAGACCUGUGAAUACAUCAAACAUUGCAUUAUAGAUAGGAAGUUCACUCUGUUGCUUAUCCUCGAUCCUUCUCUCUUCCUGAGUUUGUACCCAUUUUUGUUAUGGUUGGUGCUGAAGGUUCACUCAUCUCCAAAGAUUCUUUGAGUUUAACAUUGCAACUUGAAUGCGCAAAUGAUUUAUAGAAGCUGUGGCAUGUGGAUUAAUGCAUCUGUGAUUAAGUGCCUCCAGUUUUAGCUAAAGCAUUUGUACAUGUAGGGUUUAUGUUGUUCGAACUUGUGUUUAAACUCAUGUACCCAAAAAUCAAAGUUCCAGGCCUUAAAUUCCAAAGAGGUUGCUAGUAUGGUGACUAUGGUUAGUUGCUUCGAAAUAUUCAAUUGCAUUGUCAAUUCCCGACUUAACUUGGUCUA